AUGACUACUAACGCAUUAGACUGCUCUCGCGCCGUGGACAAGCGCCGCCGCUUCAUCUCGCUGGUCACGGACAUGAUGGCGAAGGAAGGCACCGACCGUCGCGACGAAUGGCCCCACGACAUCCCCAACGACUACCAAAAGUGCUCCGUGUUGUCGAACGGCCAAUUCGGGAUGGUGGUCGCGGCGCUGUGCCGUGAAACGAAUCGACCAACGCUCGACCCACGCGCCUGUGUGCUCAAGAUACGCUACCUCGGGCGUAUGUCCGAUAAGAUUCUGAGUCCCACCGGUGAGCUAGAAGACGAUGCGAAGCUCGAAGACUUGGUCAAGCGUCUGGUGACCGAUGUCUACAUCAUGAAUCGCAUGCGCCAUGUCAACAUCCUCCAUCUUCACGCCGUGGCUGUGGACGCGGGCGACUUGACGUUCGUCAUGCCGCGUUUCUAUUGCCUCGAUAACCUCAUCAACAUGUGGCGCCACAAGUUUCGCGACGAGUCGAUGCCCGCCGACCUCAUCAUGCGUAUCGUUCGGCAGAUUUGUGUCGGGCUCGACUUUCUCAAGCAGGCCAACGUGUUUCAUCGAACGAUCCAAGCCGACAACAUCUAUCUGACGCGCAACGGCCGGGUCAAGCUCGCCCAUUUCAGCGCUGCAAAGUUCUACGAGAAGCAAUUCAACCUAUGUGAAGCAGAGUCGCGUGAGACCUGUCUGAGCUACGACGGAGCUGCUGAUAUUUGGGCGAUCGGCAUUCUGGUGCUUCGGAUGGUCACCUUCUUCCCAAACGAGCAGUGGCAGCGUCUUCACCCAGAUUUCGCGUUCACGAUGCGCCAAGAGCGCAUGCCAUUCGUUUGGAUCAUCGCCGAUUUGACGCAAUUGCGUGUCCGUAUGCGUAAAGCUGCCAACGGGCUCAACCUGUGCCGCUGGUUAUCUGAGAAGAUCCUGACGCUGAAGCCAUCAAAGCGCGCAACCCCCGAAGAAAUCAUCGCUUCAAAGAUUGUGAAGAAGUUGUGCAGCAAUACCAUGGAAGAAGACUGUGACGUGCUCCAUCGCCGUUUCAUCAGCGCUUUGGAUUGGCCGAACAGAGAGCGCCUCGAAGCUGAUCGUCCGAACUACGAUUGCCUUGAAUCGAAAGACAUCCCUGCCGAAUUCUAUUGGGAUGGAUUGGGAACGUGGAAGAUGCUGGAGCGAGCCGUGUUCGAAUUUGACGGCAAAAUAACUGAAACUACCACGCCGGAAACCGAACAGACGAGCUACUCGGAAGUUUCCGGAAGAGCCUUCCGUUUGGAUUUGAAGACCGAUGUACUUUCGGUGUUCAGUGGCCGCUUCCUUUUCUCGCAAGCGCACACGCUACUCGCCCAACUUGCGGGGCUUGUCAACGAGGGGCGCUUCCACUGGUGCGAUCUGCUCAUCAUCGACCAUCUCAUCCGCGAAGGCGCUACGGAAGCGAUGCGUCGCCACGCGGAUAGUCAACGCGGCUCGUGCUCUGUUGUGGAUCGAGGAAACACGACGACACUGCCUCUCUAUCACUCGCGACCUCGUCAUUGCUCUGUGAAUGUCCGACUGAUCAGCUUCGAUCAAGAA